AUGAAAGCAGCAUGGAAUUUUGUGGACAUGGCUAAAAGGAAUGCAGGGUAUCCAGAGAAGAUUAUAUGUCCUUGUAAAGAUUGUCGAAACUUAAGUCACCAUUGUAUUGAGGUUGUGUAUGAGCAUUUGGUCAUAAAGGGAAUGGAUGAAACUUAUACAAAUUGGUUUCAUCAUGGAGAACAACCACAUGUCAGUGAUAAACCUGAUAUGGAAAUGUUAGGCUCAUACAAUUUAUUUAAAGCUGCAUGUGCGCGAGAUGACAAUUAUGAAAAAUCUGUUGACGAAAGUGGGGAUGAGGAUUUUUUCAAAUUACUGGAAGAUGCAGAAACUCCAUUAUAUUUAGGUUGUGAAAAAUACACAAAGUUGUCAGCAAUUGUAGCUCUUUACAAGCUCAAAGCUGUAAAUGAAUGGUCUGAUAACAGUUUUAAUAAACUUCUGGAGAUAUUACAUGAUAUGUUACCAAUGGGAAAUGUCAUUCUGAAGUCUGUAUACUCUGUGAAAAAAUUUGUCAAAGCAUUUGAUUUAGGAUAUGAGAAGAUCCAUGCUUGUGUGAAUGAUUGUUGUUUGUUUAGAAAAGAGAAUGCUGAAAUGGAGAGUUGUCCAAAAUGUGAUUUUUCACGAUGGAAGGUCGAUCAACGCACCAAUAAAAUUAAAAAAGGUGUUCCUGCUAAAGUGCUAAGAUAUUUUCCUAUAAUCCCAAGGUUUAGGAGGAUGUUUAGGUCAUCACAAAUGGCUGAAGAUUUAAGGUGGCAUUCUACUCAUAAAAGUGAAAAUAGCAAGAUGCGACACCCAGUUGAUUCUUGCUCAUGGGACUUGGUAAAUAAUAAGUGGCCACUCUUUUCAUCAGAUCCUCGCAAUCUGAGACUAGGUCUAGCGGCUGAUGGUUUCAAUCCAUUUCGUAAUUUGAGUUCUACGUACAGUUGUUGGCCCGUGAUGCUAGUUGCAUAUAACUUCCCACCAUGGUUAUGUAUGAAAAGAGAAAAUGUUAUGUUGACAUUAUUGAUUCCAGGAAAAAAGCAACCAGGUAAUGACAUUGAUGUAUAUUUACAACCGCUUAUAGAAGACCUGCAAGAGUUGUGGAAUAAUGGGGUGAAUAUUUAUGAUGCUUUCACAAAAACUGUUUUCAAUUUGAGGGCAAUUUUGUUAUGGACAAUAAAUGACUUUCCAGCAUAUGGAAAUCUCUCUGGGUGUACUACGAAGGGUAGAAUAGCAUGUCCUAUAUGUGGCAACAAUACAUACUCACAGUGGCUAAAAUUUAGUAGGAAGUUUGCAUACAUGGGCCACAGGUGCUUCCUUCCACCAUCUCACCCUUUUCGAAAGAAAAAAACUUGGUUUGAUGGUAAGGAAGAAAAGAGAAGAAAUCCAAAAAUCAUGACUGGCAACAACAUUUGGGUUUCUAUUAAAGACAUGAAGAAUGAUUAUGGAAAAAGUGGAAAGAAGAAGCGAAAGCGAGAUAAUGAACCUAUUCAAACGUGGAAAAAGAGGUCAAUUUUUUUUGAAUUACCUUAUUGGAAGGAUGGUCUCAAUGCUCGUAAGGAUUUACAAGAAAUGGGAAUACGACAUGACUUGCAUCCAGAAGACCAUGGGAAUAGAACAUACCUCCCUGCAGCUGCACAUACACUAUCAAGGACUGAAAAGAAAAUAUUUUGCAAGAGGUUAUUUGACCUAAAAAUUCAUCACUCAAUGUUGAUUGAUGUUCCACCUGAAAGUUGGAACGACCUUCAAGAAUCCACAUCCAUUAAUCCAAAAUUCUUGAAUUGCGAGCUACUUGAUUAA